AUGGCUUUUGAUAAUCCAGAUGAGAUUGGAUGUAAGUAUACUCUAAAAAGUUAUUUAAGUUAGUUAAGCAAAACGAAUACUUUUCAGCCAGCACGGUGCCGGCCACUUAUGUCGUCCGAGGAUGUCAUCGAACUCUGACAAACGUUGUCAGUGAUCGUGUUAGUGCUGGAGGAAAUGGAGUCGGAACAGAUUUCUGCGAGCUUGAUACCACUUACCGUAUGGCGGACCGUAAGGGAAAUAUGGUGUCUGUGCGGAUGAUGAGCAUGUUUUGUGCUGAUCAGGAUUCGUGCAAUGACAGUGAGUUCACAACAAGCGACUUCACGAAUGGAAUCACUUGUGCCAAUCAGACCAAUAAUAAUUGUGAGUUACCGAAAAAUUGGAACGAUUUUCUCUACUUUUUGUUAACGUUUCAGUGCUGAACAGUUCUCCCCUGAACUGUUACGAAUGUACACCAUCCGAAGGUGCAAACUGUCAUACUUCCAAGUGCACAAAGAAGUACUGCACCAAGCAGCAAGUGAAGCUGGACGGCGGAUUCCAACUCAUGAAGACCUGCUCAAAUGUGAACCUUUUCGGAGUGGACAACGCGUGUCAAACUUUUGAUGUAUUCACCAAUCAGGGUGGAGUUCCGGUGAAAAGUCAGUACACUCAGUGCUUCUGCAAGGACAAACAAUUCUGUAAUUCCGGAUUCUCAGUUUCAGUCAUGCUCUCGUCUAUUUUGUCUGUUUUCGUUGCCUCGCAAGUUCUGUGA